GUGGGAAGCACAGCACUACACACAGGUCAGCUGCAUGGUGUGUCUACGACACUGUUCUGCUGGGUGGGUGGAAGAAAAGGAAGGCUCAUUCGGCGUUGUCUAUCACCCGCAGCUCAACCAGCUUCUCGGCCGACACCCCACUGUCCCGCAACGCCAGAAUCCGACCGCACUCUCGCAGACCCUGCAGCUCAUUGCGUGCCCCAGGCUCAGACGCCGCCCUCUCUUGCAACUCCCGUAUGCGCCUCCUAUACGCCUGCCUCAAUGCGUCCUUGACGAAGUCGGCUGCGUGAUCAUGGUCAGGAAGGGCGCUCAACACAUCCAUCGGGACCUCCCUCCUGAGCUGCUCGAUGCCCCGCCGCACCGCCUGCAUCCGAUGGCCCGUCACAUCACCGCCACCACCCCGAUGCAACGGCUGCUGAGAGUGAGAGGGAGAGGAGCCCUUAUAUGCCGUCCCCCUGGGCACCGUCGCCACCUUCAGCUUGUGCAGCACCGCCUCCGGCUGCAGGGGGGCGUCCUCAUGGCCUCGCGAGAUAUUGCGCCGUGGGGCGAAGGGGGCGAUGGCGGCCGACAGGGCGUCCUCCUUGCAGACAUCGGCAUACCGCACGACGCGGGGGCUGAAGUCUUCUCGAUAAGUCCGCUCCCUCGCCAGCUGCUCCCUCUCUGCCGUGCUGCGGUAGUAGCCAUCCAGCUCGUCGAAUGGCGGCUCCUCGUUGUCGAGGCCCGUGCGCGUGUCGUCUGCCACCAUCCCCGUGUGCCAGCCCAGAACGUCAGACAGGCCGCUGGCACCAGGCCGGUCUCUCUGGUCUGUGUCCUUGGUGUCUGUGUCGAGGCAGCCGGUGGCCUUGCGCAGGAAAUGCGCCAGUGACCACUGAGAAGACGCCGGAGCCGCUUUCUCAUUGUGGCUGCUGGUGUGUUGUCUAGUCCCCACACAGGGAGCAUCGCGGUGGUGGGUGCGUGGCGAGCGCCGCCUCUCGUAGCUGUGCGUGUGGCUGCCGAAGACGCUGAGGUGUCUGGAUGUGCGCCGGGGCGGCGAAGGGCCCUCGUCCAUGGCCAUCGAAAUCAUCAUAGCUGAUGAGUCGGAGUGCCUGUAAGGCCGACACGAACACGCCACAGAGAGCCCCAGGCUGAGUGAGAGGCGUCUUCGAGCG